UCACUAUGAAGACGUUGGGCAUUAAACAUUUAGGAAGAUUAUGUGCCUAAAAAAUCGUAUUCUGGGGCUAACAAGCUUACAGAGAGUACAGAGUCCCUAGUGCGUCACGUAGUAGGGUGUUUGGUAAGCUCGAUGAGCAAUAAAUACGAUGUUUAUCGCAUUUUAACUCAUAAACAAUUGUGCGAUACGAACGUGUAAUGACAUUUCGGUGAGCUACAAAAAUGUUCUGUGCAUUGGGGAGAUGCUUCUACAAGAGAGACGCAGUGAGGGCAUUGAGUACGGGCGAAGUGUCAACCGCACUCCGACCUUUUUAUUUUACAGUUCAUCCCGAUCUCUUUGGACAAUAUCCUACUCAAAGAACAGUAAAUGAGAAUUCCUUGAAACAAUUAAGCUCAAUCAUAGAAAAUUUACAGCAACAAAGACCUGUAAGGCCUACCACAUUGCCAUUUUAUUUACGCUCUAAAGAUGAAAAAGAAGUCAAGGCUGGUAAAUUCACUCUCGUAAAGAUACAGUUAAAAGAGAAAGAUCUGAGACAAACGAUACUCUCUAUUUUGAAAACGUGCGAUCUGCCGACUACGUUCGUAGAUAAAAUCGAAGAACAAAAACCAUUGGAAUCUGAAAAAUAUAAAUCGAGAUUCUGGCAAAGAAAAGGAACCACAGGAGAGAAUAUAGAUUUUUCAGAAUUUGAAGACGAUCCUAUUUAUGCAUCUAUUUUAAUGAAAAGAAAAAUUAAUUUAGAACCAGAUACUCUUAAGGCAUAUUUAGAGAAACAUAUUAAUGAAGUACACAUAAAGUUGGAAGCAUGUAGGCCGAUGCGAGAGGAAGUACAAAAACUAGAAAAGAUAUUAUGCUCAGAAUUAGGUUUAACAAAUAUUAUAUGGGAUUGUGGAUGGAAUAUAGCUCAUUAUAGAGGGUGUUUACUAGCCUUUAAAGCAUUAGUCGAACAACAUCCUGAACCCUUGGAAGUAUUAAAAAAUAGAACAUUAGUGUUUGCCAAUGAUACAGGCAUUAAUCUAGAGGGGAAUAUUAUGUUGAAUUCAGGCGAAGUCAGAAACAAUUGGCUCGAUCUAAUCAAAAACGUUCAAAAGCAUGAUGUUGUACUGUUGAGAUUACCAGCUUUCGAGAAGGCAGUUUCACAAGUACUUCUUAACAUAAAAGUUGGUCGACGGGUACUCUAUAUGUGCAGGAAAUUCAUGCCAAAGGUAAUGGUCAGCCAGUAUGAGCAUCAACUGAGGCAACUUACCACAACCCUCUCGGACUACCGAGGACGGCGAAGCUAUCCAAAAGCGUGGCCAGCCAAUUUAUCUACUUAUGAAAUUGUAAUCGAAGCCGAAGCUGGUCCGUUAAUGCUCUCUCCUACCGGACAAUUUAUAGUUCCAUCGUCGUGCCCGAGUUUUCUUUUGGUAAAUUUUAUUAGUGAAAACUUAGAAGAAGCCACGAAAAGAUUACAUCACUAUAACAAUGUAAAACACAUAGAACAUGAACUUCAUGACAAAGCUGUCCAAGAAUUGGGUUUAACUGCUCUUAAUAAGGAUGAUAGUAUUACCCCAGAUCUUAUGAUACAAUGUUGUGAACGUUUACUGUUGCACAAACGUGUUUUAGCUCCCUUGCUAGAAGGUGUCAUGCUCUGGGUGACGCAUUAUUAUUCAGUUAUGAGUGACGGCGUUUUAUGCAUACCUUGGGACUGGAAACUCUAAGUUCUCAUGCAGAAGGCACUCAAAUGCGCUCAUAUUGUUCUCUAUCUUUAUACCGAUCAUUAGAAUAACCAUGUUGAACAAUUGUACAAAUUAUAACUAAUGAAUAAUGUACAGGUUAUAUAUAUGAUAAAAAAAUUAAUACAUACUAUUUUUCUGAGCAGUUUAAACAUACGAAGGAUAAAAAUACAUAGCAAAUAGUGCAAAUUAAAUGACCAUACAUAUAUGUACAUAUACAUAGUUCUUAAUACGAACGAAUUCAACGUUGCCUUAUAUGAUAUUCGCAUGUUAUUAAUCUUACUUGACUAAUCUUGACAAAUUGCAUAUCAGUCUUAAAUCAUAACAAAUAUUAUAGAAGGAUAUAAAUAUUUUGUAAAGCAGCAAUCAAUCAAAACGAGAAAAACACGUACAGACAAAUAAAAUAUUCUGAAAUUUACUGAAAUUUCAUGUAAUUUCUUACUUUUAUUUGUUGUGGUCAUAAAAUGUAAAGUUAUAACUUCUAAUUACAAUCAAGCUCGGCGAGACGAUAUUCCUAUAAUUAAAAGCCAGGUAAAUUAGUUUAAAAUAGAAUUUGCGAAAACAUCGAAUUAAUCCAUUUGCAUUAUUAAGAAGUUUCGCAAUUUUCCUGUUCAUUAUCGC